GCCCGGCGCGGCGCGGCUGUGGGCGCCGGCAGGCAGGUGGAGGGGGAGCAACAAGUCCGGCGGGGAGGGAGGGAGCGGAGCGGGGGUUCCCUCCCGCCCCACAGCUCUCUGACAAGUGGCGGAGCGCUCGCACAGCGCACGGCUCCGAGCGGGUGGCAGCCGCGGGGCUCGACCCGCGCCGCUUUACGCCGCCGAAGUGCGGGGACGGCCGCGGGCUCCGCCUCCGUUUGUUUAUUUAGUCCUCGUCACCCGCCUUUUGGUUGCCUGUUUCGGUGUAGUUCCUUGCUAUUAUUUUUGUUUGUAAAUUAGUCGCCUCCAUGGGGGGCGGAGGAAAGGAAAUAAAAGCUGCCGCAGCCGAAGCGUGCAAAAGCAUGCUGGGCAAGAGCCGCGGAGCCGCAGGACGGGAUGGCUGCGGCGGGGAGCGCUGCCCGCGCCGGGCUGGGCCGUGCUGCUCGGCGGUGCCCGCUCUGCUCUCUGCGCUGGCGGCCGCCUCCUGCGUGUACCUGGGGGUACGAACCAGCGACCUCCAGGCCCGGCUGGCGGCCAUCGAGGGCGCCCAGGGGGGCUCCGCCGCCGCUCCGCUCCCGCCGCUGCCCGGCUUUUCUCUGGAACAGCUCAACGCGAUGAUGCAGGAGAAAGUGGAGCGGCUGCUCGCCCAGAAGUCCUACGAGCACUUGGCAAAAAUCCGAGCGGUGAGAGAAGCGCCAGCAGAGUGCAGCUGCCCACCAGGUCCUCCAGGGAAAAGAGGUAAGCGGGGCAGAAGAGGAGAGACUGGACCUCCUGGUCUACCAGGGCGAAAUGGCUAUCCGGGUCCGAUUGGUAUGGAUGGAAAGCUGGGUCAGCCUGGUCCUCAAGGCCCUCCUGGUCCAAAAGGCGAAAAGGGAGAUCAAGGUGAUCAGGGCCCUCGGAUGGUGUUUCCUAAAAUCAAUCAUGGGUUUCUCUCUGCUGAUCAGCAGCUCAUUAAACGCCGCCUCAUUAAGGGGGACCAAGGACAAGCUGGACCCCCUGGUCCUCCGGGGCCACCGGGACCCAGAGGUCCCCCAGGAGAUACUGGCAAAGAUGGUCCUCGAGGGAUGCCUGGCAUUCCGGGUGAGCCAGGAAAACCAGGUGAACAAGGGUUGGCAGGACCUCAAGGGCCUCCAGGACAAAAGGGUUCUGUUGGAGUGCCUGGUGUUCCUGGGAAAGAUGGACAAACGGGAGAACCUGGUCUGCCUGGCGUAGCAGGGGAGAAGGGAGCAGCAGGGCUUAAGGGUGACCCUGGAGAGAGAGGAGAAAAGGGUGAUGCUGGAGAAAAUGGACCAAAGGGUGACACAGGAGAAAAGGGUGACCCUGGUUCAUCUGCUGCAGGAAUUAAGGGUGAGCCUGGUGAAUCUGGACGGCCUGGACAAAAGGGUGAACCAGGUCUUCCUGGGCUUCCUGGACUCCCUGGGAUAAAGGGUGAGCCAGGUUUCAUUGGUCCCCAGGGAGAACCUGGGCUGCCAGGGCUACCAGGAACCAAGGGUGACCGAGGAGAGGCAGGCCCUCCUGGGAAGGGUGAGCGAGGUGAAACUGGACUUCCAGGACCAAAGGGGAAAACAGGUGAACCUGGAUCUAGAGGCCCCAAAGGGUCAAAGGGUGAUACAGGUGACAGAGGUGACACGGGAUCUGCAGGUCCACGGGGGCCACCUGGACAGAAGGGUGAUCAAGGUGCUACAGAGAUAAUUGAUUAUAAUGGCAAUAUUCACGAAGCACUUCAGAGGAUUGCCACUCUCACUGUCACGGGACCACCGGGACCACCAGGACCCCAAGGGCUGCAAGGUCCAAAGGGUGAACCAGGCUCCCCAGGAAUUCCUGGAGCUGAUGGGGAACAGGGUCCUAAAGGAUCAAAAGGAGAUAUGGGUGAACCUGGAAUGCAUGGAGAAAAAGGAGGAAUUGGACUACCUGGCUUGCCAGGAGCCAAUGGCAUGAAAGGCGAAAAAGGAGAUGCUGGUUUGCCUGGUGCUCAGGGCCCUUCGAUCAUAGGACCUCCUGGACCUCCAGGGCCACAUGGUCCUCCAGGCCCUAUGGGACCUCAUGGCCUGCCUGGCCCAAAGGGUGAACCAGGGUUAAAUGGUCUUAAAGGAUUGAAGGGUGAACAAGGUCAAAAGGGUGACAGAGGGCCCCUUGGUCUUCCACACCACUUACUAAUCUCACGUUCUUGUCACCCGUGUCGUACCCAUCAUCCAUGCUUCCACCUAACCACACAGGGAGCAUCUGGCUUAGACGGAAAGCCAGGACCCCGGGGUGUAGAUGGCCCAGUUGGUCCCCACGGCCCUGCAGGCCCCAAAGGAGACAGAGGUGAAAAGGGAACUGUAGGUGACCCUGGACCCAGAGGACCCUAUGGCUUGCCUGGCAAAGAUGGCGAACCUGGCCUUGAUGGUUUCCCUGGUCCUCGAGGAGAAAAGGGUGAAAUAGGAGAAAAGGGAGAAAAGGGGGAAAAGGGAAAGAAAGGCAAAAAGGGGCCUAAAGGGGAGAAAGGAGAACAGGGUGCUCCUGGAUUAGAUGCACCUUGCCCAUUGGGUCCUGAUGGAUUACCAAUGCCUGGCUGUUGGCAAAAGUGAUGAAUCUAACCUUACGAGCAUGAAGUUGUGUAUAUAGUGCUCCACUUUUUGUAUUUAUAGUUGAAAACGGAAAAUUUGAUUUUAUGAGUCUGAGAGAUGUUUACAUGUAGCUGCUUCUUCUUGUUUGCAAUAGUCCAUGUGUACAUCUUUUUUCACUUACAUCUGCAGUUAGAUGAUGUAUAACUGCAGGACAGACCUGCAAAGAUUCUCUCUCUAGAGAUAUCUAUACAGCGAUCAAUAAUAUAAAUCUGAUUAUUUCUGUAAAUUCUUAUAUUUUGGCUUGUGGACCUGCAUGGACAAUGAGUGCCAUGAACUAGUUUACAAGAAAUUGUGACCAAAUAAGAGCUAAAUGCUAUGAAAUGUACUGUACCAGCUGCCAUUGGAGUUUACUGACUCAGCUUCCAUGUCCAUCUUAAACGCUUCACUGAUUCAUGCCACCACAUCUGCUUCUACAGACUAAAAGCAUGAGUUUGUGUGCCAAACCUGCUUGUUGUGUGAUCACGUCACGUGCUAAAUGGCUGCUCACGGUGACCUUUGAUUCCAGCUUCUGAAUUGUUUCCUUUUGUCAUCUCAAGGGAGUCACACCAUGGCUUAUUGCUAAAAAGAGAUAAAGCAGAGGAGGAUAGAAAGAGGCCUUGAAUUUUUGGGGAACACAGUUCCGGCUGCAGGUGGAUGGCCUCCAGUCUUGUGGGUCCCUCCUGUCAAUCAGCAUCGGUUUGCCUUGCACUGCUCACAGUCAUGAAGACAUUCGCGAUAGGCCCUGUCAAGUGCUUAAUCAAGGAGGAGGGAAGUUUGAAGAAGAAACCAGGCUUCUCUGUGGGUUGUUUGGAAAGGUUACAGAGAUGCUGCGGGGAUCGCCUGAGACCAGAAGCUUCUCAGCCUUACUCCAGGACUGGCACAGUCUGUGCUGUGUUUUGUUGCAUUUGGGGACUGCUGAACGAAAAAGCAUCCUUGAGACAGGGAUGAAUCGGAACAUCCUCCCUGGGAGGAUAAUAGAACUGACCAGAUCCAUGCGUACCGUGGUGUGGUUUUCAGGUGAUGCAAUUUAAAUUACAUAAAACUAGCUGAACUUCUCUGCAGAAUUUUGGAAGCUAUGGUUAGUUUUCCUGUAACAGUUGCCAUGAAGGAUACGUUUCAAUAAUCUAUUCAACAUUUGUGGUGUUGGCAUUGAAGAAAAUGCUUCAAGUCACACGCUCUUCUUGUUUCAGUAUUAACAAUUUUUUUUUCUUUACAAUCUUUAAAGCCUUUAAAUGUAAGAAAGCAAGAAAAGAGUUUAUUUUUGUUUCACAGGCUGACUUAUUCACCUUGUUCUUUUUCUGCUGUUGUGAUGACCUUAGUGGAUAUUGUCACCCAUAAAACAUUGGAGAGAAAUAAGUCUGUGAUGACCGCUGCACACGUCAUCAUACCGCACUGUUCCAGCUGUGGUACUUCUCCCCAUCUGUUCAGGUGAUGAAGUUUCUAGAGGUACAUUGGAAAAGUUUUCCUUCUCUGCUUUUUUUAUUACUAGAAAUACUUAAUUCAUGCACAUUUGUAUAGUUUUUGCCUCAAGGUUUUUUUUUUGUUUUUUUUUUUUCCAAUUUUGAGUCUUCAUAUGGUGCUCUGUAGUUGGAGAGACUAGUCUGAGAGAUGGUGCCAUAUUUGACAGAUGGAAACUUUUUUAUAUCACUUCAGUUUCUAGUAUAUAGUAGGAUGAUCACAAACUUUUUUAGUUACUUUUCUGAGUAUUGUCUUUCAUAUGUAGACCAAAACUAAAAUCAAGGAAGGCAGCCUGUCUCCAUCCAUGUGUGGGCAUCUUGCCCUCUUGGAAUACACAUUUUUCCUUGCUCAGUCAUUUCUAAGUUGUGAAGAUGGGGACCUGCUGUAGUUGCACUUUUCAUAUGGCUUUUCAAUAUCAGAUCAAUAUAUAGCCACUAUAAUACUGUCUCUCACUCUGCUAAAAAUGUAUUGCUAUCUUUGUGUAUCAGAGACAAGAACAGAUUUUCUUGGGGGUAGGAAUCUUUCACAGAUUUUUUUUUAAAAAAAAAUUAUUUUAGUGGCCUCUAUCUAAUAGUACCUUACUAACAAUAACAAAAUUCCAACACUACUUGUGUGUGUGUAUAUACAUAAUAUAAUAUAUAUAUAUUUACGGCUCAAUUUCAUCUUUCCAACAGUACAAUAUAAACAAAUGUUCACAUAUACGAGGAAAAAUACUUGUAUUUGCUUAAAUUUUCAGAAAUGCAAGUAUGAAUCUAUAUGAAUAAUUAUAUUUACAAUAAUAAAAGCCUUCACAUGUCAUAGAUUCAUGUUAACAGAGUGCUACAGCACUAAUGUGAGCAAGGGACUUCCCACAAAGGGGACAAGAGGAGCAUCAUGUAUAAAUUGUGAUUGAUUUAUUCACCAGAUUGCUUCUGCUUGCUUAAGAAGCACUGUCUCAGAAAAGCAGCACUGAGGAGCAAGCUGCUCUCCUGACAAGAAGCAGCUCCUUACUUACAUCUAUGCCCUGACUUGGCAUGGUUUGGGCUACCUAUGUUAUAGAUGUGAAGACAAGCAGUUGCAUGUUUUUAUAAAAUAUCAAAUACUGGCACUCAUACAGUAAGAUCAGAUUUAUUUAUUUUUAAAAGGUCCCUCUGAUUAUUCAAAUGCAAAAUAAAGUGGGAUGUUUAUUAUUUGGCUAGACAUCAUUUGCCAAUGCCAUAUUGAGAGUGUCUACAAACACAACGUACUUAUUUUAAGAAAUAGCAACAGAAAGAGCUAUGCGUUUGCAUGCUGUCAUUAGCACUUUGAUAUUUUUUAAAUUUGUAUAUCUAUAUCUUUAAACUGUCAAGAUAGCAUCCACUUCUAUAUGCCUCAAUAAAGCCAGCAGAACUUUGGUUCGCAGUUUCUUCAUUCAGGAAAUAAGUUUUAUAGACACUACUGCUAAACGUUAGUCAAAACUCAUUUCUCCUCAAACUCCUUGACAGUGAAACCCCACUGAUGAAACACUUAAGCACCUUUAUACUCACUUUCUUUUCUGUCUAGCAAAAUGAUUUAUUUCUUUAACUCCUGCCACGUAAGACUAAGGAAUACUGCUGUGGUUUUUGUGGUUGUUGUUUUUUGGUUUUGUUUUUUUUCAAAUAAUGUAAUUUAACUUUUUUAAGCCUAUUGUUCAUUUUCAUGGAAAGUUCAUUCCAUAUAAAAGACCACGGUGAAUAGCAGAUAAUUUCACAGGUUAAACUACAUAGAUUUGAUGCUAAGAUUUGCAUAAAGUAUUUGCAUCUUGAAAGAUUUACUUGAGAUGAAACCUGAUAGUACCUAGAAAAGUUGUGUUCAGUUAAAAAAAAAAAAAAAAAAAAGGAGUUGAGUUUAAUAUUUCAUCAGGAGAAGCACCCUGUGAAGACUUGCAACAUGUUUGUUUUCUAAAAAGCAAUUGCUUUUGGUGCUAGUAUAUCUUUUUUCUUUUCAGGGCAAAGCCGCAGCUUGAACCACCUGUGUGUUGUUUUAUCUUUUAGUAGCAUUCCUCCAAAUAGAUAAUGAUUUGCUUUGCUUAGUUUGGGAUAGGAGCAGUAGUUCCUCUACCAGUCUUUUCAGUUGUACAGUGGUGUUGGUCUACACCAUUUCUAUACCCCUGACCUUUUCAGGUAUGAUUAGUUCUUUUUUCUUUGAGACUUUUCAGUAUUUGUUUCAUAUGAAGUUUUGUAAGCAUCUGUUACUCAAGUGUAUCAUAACCACAUUGUGCAGAAGUCCCGCUACAGAAGCAGUAAGUCUUUUAAGCACUGUAUGAAAUAUGUCUGACAUUGGUCCUUGUCUUCAUAUCCAUAGGUUAGUAUGGGGAACCUUUUUCAGGAUAUUUGGGACACUUUUUUUUUUUCCACUGAGAUAAAGCAUGAAAUUUUAAUUCAUGGAACAAAUAUACAAUGUAUUUUUGAUCUAUAUUUUUAUUUAUUGCUGAUUUUGAUGUCACGUUCUGGUAUUGUAUCAAGGCAGAAUGAUGUUCUUCAUCCAGCUGUUUAGAUUCUCUUUUUGUCUACCAUUUAAGUAUUAUGAAUGAGUUACAGAAUCGUCAAAUCAGUGUACCUGCACAUGUAUAAAGUAUUCUGCUUAAAAAGGGAUUAUUCAUGUACAGCGUGGAAAGGUAGCUUUGGAUCCAUUAAGAGUUAGUUGUAGAAGCAUGCAUGUGGGCAUUUGUUACUCAGUUGUGCCAACGGAAAAGGUGAUGCAACCCCAAUGGAAACAAGUGGUCCUUGUGGGAGGGUUCUGUGUUAGGCUGGGGGCUGUGUCAGGACCCUGGACCCAGCCAGCGUUUAGAGUUGCACUGACUGCCGCACAGCUGGAAUUUUACACCUGGGCUCAGCCAUGCAAGGUUCUUCACUUGGCUGUGCCUCGCUUUCCCUGGCCCCGGAGCAAGGAGAGCGACGCAUCCUUCCCUCGCAAAGACCUAGGUAUUGUGUAGUAACAAGGGGAAUAUUAGCAACUUCAGGUGGUUUUUAAACACUUGCUGGCUGCCUAAAUCAGGCAAAACACUUUGCUCACUACUGUCAGUAAAAGCUGCAUACGCACUCUCUAAUGUGAUAAAGAUGCUAAAAGAAACAUAGUAGUCGACUUUUAAGUUUCCUGUUCUCUGCUACUUAACCACCUUAAAUUUCAUUUGCAAAUCUCUGUAUUUUACCUAAAGAGAGACCUAAAUUUUCACACUGAAGAGUGAUACAAAUCACUAAUAUCUGCAACAGUAGUGGUCAAAAGAAAGUCUGAUUUUUAGUCACUGCAAAAUAAUAUUCAAUUUCAGUGACCAGAAUCAUGGCUAACACCUGACUUGUUCUUUUUUUCCCUUUCUGCAACUUACUUUUAUGAAUCUGAAUGUUGUUGUAAUGUAUAAAUGAAGGUUUUCUUGCAUCCUCUGUAACAGAAGUAUUUUACAUGGUGGUAGGAGUCAUUAAAUGAUGUUGAAAACAAGUGCCUGCCACCAUCAUUUCUGACAGAAUUUGAGAAAGAUACUCCAUGAAACCAGAGGAGUUUAUGUUUAAAAAAAAAGCGGAGUUGGAGUGUUGUUUUACUUUUGUUCUAUUUUUAAGAUGCAUCCAAUUAUCAGUGCUGCUUGGAAAUGGAAUUUUCUUUGAAAAACAGGGGGCCUUAACUUAACGUGGGACCGUGAGUGUUUUACUUGUUUCUAUUUUAAAAGGAAAUUGUAUGAAUUUCCCAGAUACUAUUGGUACUUGCACACUUCUCAGAAGUAUUAUGAAGAGCUGGGUUGGUGGAAGGAUGUUUUACAUAUUGUUAACAUAUAUGUGGAUAUUCUUAUAUUAUUGUACAUGUUUGGGAAAAUAUCACACAACUUUAAAAAUGUUACAAAGAUGUAUGUAUCUGACUUUUUCCAUUGGAAAAUAUUAUAUAUUUUUAUUUGUAUUUUUUACUUUUUUAAGUUCAUCUAUAUGUGCAGUUAUUUUUGUAUUGCAAGUGGUCUCAUAAAUGCAGUAGAGGAGAUAAAAUACAAAGAAAAGUAAUUUGGCAAAGAUUACACUGCUUUGGGGGGGAAACACAUAGGUCAGUACCAUAUUAUCAGUCCUAUAAAUAUUUGGAGUGUCUUAACCCUGUAAAUAUGUCACAAGACCUCUUUUGAUGAGUUGCAUAAAGAAUUGCGAGGUUUUAAUCGCCCAUUUUAAUUUGUUAUUAAUUACCACUUUAUUGUGGCCUCUGGUCCUAACUUAAUUGAACCUGAUCAAACAGCAUGCUUUUGUUUUUAUUAUUAAAAUUUCUCCUUGUUGUU